AAACUGUAACGUUACGGUAGAGGGACGGGUACCAACUGAACUGAAAACAAACCUAUCAUGUGCUUCACUUCACACUAACAAAUUAUGAGAGAUCUUGAUCUAUUGACAGAUAUUUCAGAAGCAUCCAAUGAUUCGGCCGAAAUGGACCUUAGCAUCCAACCAGAACGACAAAGAUUUCCUUUUUGUAUUAUUUGGACUCCAUUGCCUAUCCUAACGUAUAUUUUACCUUUUAUUGGACAUAUGGGCAUUGCGACAUCAACCGGUGUAAUAAGGGACUUUGCUGGUCAUUAUUAUGUUUCUGAAGAUAACAUGGCAUUUGGUAAACCUACUAAAUAUUGGCAGCUGGAUUAUACUAAAGCCAAAGGAGGUGUACAAGGAUGGGAUGCUGGCAUAGCAGAAGCUAGUGAAAUUUACAAAACUAAAAUGCAUAAUUUAUGUUGCAAUAAUUGCCAUUCACAUGUGGCAAAAGCUUUGAACUUGAUGUCAUAUGACUCAAGCAGUUGGAAUAUGGUAAAACUUGCAUUUCUUAUGUUGCUUCAUGGAAAAUAUGUUAGUAUUUUGGGAUUUCUUAAGACUUGGUUACCUUUCUGCAUACUUGUUACAAUUAUAUUGGUGUUAAGUCUGUGUGCAUAUUAAUUUAUAUAUAUCUAUAUAUAUAUAUAUAUAUAUAUAUAUAUAUAUAUAUAUAUAUA